AUGCAUCUAUUAUUAUUCUUGCUUUACUUUAUAUUCAAAUUUCAAUUUGUUUUUGGGAUACUUACCAAACGUCAAGAUGAAUGGCCAAAUAACCAGUUAAUCGAAUCCCAGGGUAGAAUUGCCAUGGCCCGUAUACCCCUUGCUGGAAACUCAACCAUUGUUUUCAUGUUCCAACAGAUGGAAACCCGCCUGGAGGCCAAUAUAUUCUUUGAUUCUCCAGCUGCAGAUGGUGCUUGUUUGUCUUGGGGAAUAGGUUUUCCUCAAAUUGUGGAUGGUACAAAUGAUUGCUACUUUAUGAGAGGACCGGUCUGUAGGGAUAGCAUAUUUCCCGAUGUGUGUGAAUCUGGGUUUUCAAAUAUCUCUGCUUGUGGUGCCUUCUACACCAUUACUGGAAUGGGAAUGGAACAAUACAACCCACAGACCCACAUUAAUUUAUUCAACUUCCACACCAAUGUCAUGAGCUUGGGACCAUCUCGUCAACAUAAUAUUCUUCUUAAAUCCAUCAUGGUAGUAUACGCAACAAAGAAUAAUCCAGUACAACAGAUCGCAUGUUCCAAUGUAGUACUCGGCAAAGGUUCAGAAACCAAUUUCACCAUAAAAGCCAGUGAUGCAAGUAAUAAAGCUGUACAUAAAUAUGGACUUGCAUUAUUUUUAGCUCCCAUUUUAUACUUUAUAGGGAUUUAA